AUGGCAACCGCCUUGGACAAGAUGCAUGCGACGGUGUUGGACGCUGCGACAAGAAAGCGUCAGAAAAACCGUGAAAGAAGAUCGAAGAAAGAAGGUGCGGAAAUGGCCCAGUUCGACGUGGACGAUUUUGUGCUUUAUAUGGACGUGUGUUCGAUUUCGCACUCAAAGCUGAGUGUUACAUGGCGUGGACCAGCUCAAGUGGUCAAGACAACAUCCGACUGGAUUUUUGAAAUCCAAAAUUUGGUGACGGGGGUGGUCCGUGAAGCCCACAGCAGUCGUCUCAAGUUUUAUGCCGACGACGCAUUGGAUGUGACCGAAGAACUGCUGCGCCACAUUGUGCACAACGCCGACGGCCAUGUGGUCGAUCAGUUCCUCGACUGCCGCUACAACGAUCGAAUGGCCGCCUUCGAAGUAUGUUUGCGCUGGCGCGGCCUACAAGCAAUUGAAGACUCGUGGGAGCCGGCGGCCAAUUUGUUGGAAGACAUUCCAACUGAGUUCAAGCGCUGCGUGCGCUCAAACAAGGCCGAUCCCCAAGUCAAGGCGAUGGCAGCUGCGUUGGGCAUGACGGAAUCGUUGGGGGGGAUUGUUGCGAAUUUGCCAUUCGCAGAACCCCUGAGCCCCUCCCAAGAAGUUAUCCAAGUGUUAGGGUUAAGCCCCAAUGACUACUUGCCACUGGGGGGAAUUCACUUUGUGAUUUACCUUUGGAUCGGACUUCGCAAGCCGUCACAUACCACGUAUUGCGACCGUGAAAAGGCUGAGGAAACGAAACUCCAAGGCGUACACCAAGCCUCUGUGGAAGAAGCGAUUGGGGACAUUGUGCUGCCUCAUUUUCAAGCCAAGUCGUACAAGUUCCACACGGCGGGCCGCGAAGACCGACGUCUUCGAGGACCAAGAUUUGUUCAACCUAAGCGCGCCGGACAACGGGACUUAUUCAACAUUUUGUCCAAGUUUGUGUCGUUGGGUUGA